GAGCUGGGGAAGACGGAUUGCCAUGGCUUUAUCUCCAGCCUUUCGUAUCCAGUGACCACCGAAUGCACAAAUCAGGCCUCGGGCCUCGUUGGGGCCUUCAGCACUGGAGAGACCUGCCAGAGCUUCACGAGCGCAGAGGCCUCCGAGCAUCUUGCGGUCGGAUGGUCCUGCUCCAAGAAUGGGGCCGUCUUUGUGGGUGGCAGGAUGUCCUGUGGCGGGAAGUUCAAGUUCCUCUGCGCCACCACCCCGGAUCUUCCCCCAAGCGGCGGAUGCCCGGCUUUCCAGGUCAUGGAGCUCCAGAACUACCAGAAGUACAUCACGGGCUCGGGGCACGUGGUGGUCUACGCCGGGGAACGGGUGGCCUUGGUCCUCCCAGACACCGCGCGAACCGCCGACUUCAAUCCCGAGAACAACCAGAAGACCUCUGAGGCCAUGGAGCUGGUGGUCUCCAACUUGCAAAAGAUGCUCUACAUCUACGAUGAUGUCGUGGGCAUGGUCCCCACGUACUUCACCGGCGAUGCUCGCCUUGAAGGCCGCAUUCCCAUGGAAGUGAACUUCAUUGAUGCUGCAGGACUCGCCAAGGCUGUGAAAGCCGGCUGCGCAGUUGGCCCGGCCUUUCUCCAAGGCAUGUUCGAAAAGGCGCUGGAGGGGAAAUCGGUGGUUGACCAUAUCUUCUUCUAUGAAAACUUCCGCAACUACAUGUUCCCCCAUGUGUACACCAAAGUCCUGGACUACCACACCUACGAUGGGGAGUUGAGUUGGGGAUGGGUGAACCAGGGCAUCAUCAACAUCAUCGGAUGCCUGAUCUCCGAAGACAUCACACCACCAGUGGCCUUCUACUACUUUGGAAAGGAUCGUGGCGAGUUCAUGGCGAGCAUGGAGGCAAGCUUGAUGACCUACAUCCAUGAUGAGCAGUACAACCAGGAGAACACCUUCAUGAGGGAGCGGCUGCCGUGGCACCACAGUUCCAGUGUCGACAACCUGUACUCCGGUCUAUGGUCUUUUCUAUACCGGAAGUGUGGUGGCACGGAGUUCCUGAAAGGCUUCUUCCACUCUUUGCCGGAGCUCUUGAGCAGGGCUCCCUCGUCCAAGCAGGACUACCUGACAGCCAUGGAAAACUUUUACAUCGCAGCAAGCAUCGGCGCUAAGCACGACCUCAGCGCCUUCUUUGAGGGUGACCUCCGCUGGCAGAUCGGGGCUGAUGCGCUUGAGUAUGUUCAGUCCAAAGGCCUUGCACCGAU